AUGUCGUCAUCUCAGGAAGAACUCCCCAAAACCGGUUCCCCUAACCCACUACAGGGUGUGGCGGAGCACAUUCGAGCCCUUCUUGCUCGCCUGCAUGCUGAAUCGUCUGCGCAGGAGGGCAGCAUGACAGAGGGUGACUUCAAAGAUCGCCCCUUUGCAGAGGUGAUGAAAGACAAGUUCAUCGCUCUUGACGAGGACAAGUCUCAAUACGUCUAUCAGCUCCUUCGUGUUCUCGGUGCGACUACUGUCGUCGAAGCCGGCACUUCGUAUGGAGUGAGCACCAUCUAUCUCGCUCUCGCCGUGGCUGCCAAUGCUGCAGCCAGUGGCAAGGCAGGGCGAGUGAUCGCUACCGAGCACGAGCCUGGAAAGUGCGUUCAAGCUCGCAAAUACUGGGCUGAGUGCGGAGAGGAGGUCAGCCAGCAAUUCUGGGCCCCAAUGGCCUUGCCGACCCUGAAGCUUGUCCAGCCAAAGAUGCGCCACGGUGCUGUCGUUAUCACCGACAACAGCAUCGGAGCUGCCAAGGCUUACAAGGAACUCCUGGAAUACUUGCGAGGGCCGGAUAGUGGGUUCAUCAAUCUGACGUUGCCCUACAAGAGCGGUUUGGAGGUCAGUGUCUACCUUCCUCAAGGGUAG